AUGAAAAGGAAGGCGAGCAGCCUGACGUCUUCAGCCAAAGUAAAACGAACUCAGGCGCCACAACAAGAUUACUGCGACGUCAAGACACGGCGUACGGACGAAAAUGCUGUUCUCUGGCCGGCAAGCCCGGCCGCAAUUGAAGGAGCCAGGCAAUUCAUGAGACAAUGCGCUGAGGCUGCCCGGAAGACACUUAUUGUCCCUGACAAGGAUGCAGACGGCCUUGAUGCCGGCGUAAUCCUGUUGCGGACAUUGACGGCACUGGGCUUAGCCCGAGAGCUCAUUGAAGUCCAUUUGCUAGCAAAGCAUGCGAACGUACAUGAUGAGUCUGAGAGGAUGGCUAUGCAGACGAAAGACCCAGGAUACAUCAUUGUAGUUGAUCACGGGAGUAUGGAAGCACCACCCAUCGUGGAUUCUCCGGAUACCAAAUGCCUUGUCAUUGACCAUCAUCUGAGUGACAAAUUUCCAAAAAAUGCAUCAUCGCGACAUCAUCUCUUCUUACGUACGAAAUUUGCAGGACACUCCAUCCAAGCAUUGAGACAUCGUGCGGAUUUCUUUGUGCGAUGGGCACGCACGGCGACUUAG